CAUGUAUUAUGUUAGUCUUCUGAUUAUAUAAAGCCUCCUCUCUCGGAUUGUAUAAUUAGCAUCAAAUUAACCAAGAUGGCCAGUCUAGUAGGAGGGGGAGAUAAAUACAGAGACUACUUGAAUGAUGAAGAGGUCAAAAACACCAAAUGGAGAAAUGGUCCUCCUAGUUAUGAUGUUGUUGAUAAGCUCUUUGAACAAGAAAGAACUCAUCUUUGGCCUGAAGGAUCACUUGAAGAGAAAGUGCAAAGGCUAUUGAAGACAUGGGAAAUGGAAAUAGUCCACAAGGCAGAUCCUAAUGACUUCAAAACUGUUGAUCCAACAAAGUUCACAAUUAGUGUCAACGGCAGGAAGGGGUUGACACCGGCAGAUUCUGCAAAGCUUGGUGGUAGCUAUAAUAUAUUCCUACAAACUUCAUUGCCAGAGAAUGUUCGACUCUACAACCCUGAUGAAGAAACAUUUGAAUCAUCACAAAAAGUUUUCAGAUCCAUAUUUUUACGAGGAUUUGCAAUCGAAAUACUCCAUGUAUAUUCAGGACCACCAGAAAUAGUGUACAAGUUUAGGCAUUGGGGUUACAUGGAAGGUCCAUUUAAAGGACAUGCUCCAACUGGACAACUUGUAGAGCUCUUUGGGAUUGGCACUUUUGAAUUGGACAAAGAGAGUAACAAGAUUGUUAAGUCCGAGAUGUUUUUUGAUAGAGGAGAAUUGCUUGGAGGCCUUGUGAAAGGAGAAAGCAAUGGUGAAUCCACAAGUGGGAUGACAUUGGAUGCUUCAAAAUGUCCUUUUAUGAAAUAAUAGACAUUACUAGCAACAUGUUGCUACUUUCAACUAUUUUCAAGAUCUAUGGUCAUGUUUAAUUUUACUAGAAAUAGGUGCAAAAGUGUAGCUUAACUUUGAAGCAUGUGGUUUCUUCAAUAUCCCAAAUAAAAAGUACUCGUGUUCCAUGAUUA